CACAAGAACGCAUAAUGAAACCACAACAAUUCAAAUGAAUAUUAUCUGUUCGUUUGUUUCGCUAAAAAAAAUUGUCAAUUUUGAUGAAGACAACACAACUUUGAAGUUAACCAUGGCUUUCCCAACAUACAUCAAAGAUGAAGGUGAUAUGGAUUUUGGUACAGAGUGCCCAAUAUUUCCACCGAAUUGUCGUUACAAAGUCGCUUCUGUUACUAUCAACGGUAGAAGCAUUACAACAUUAUUGACCGAAGAUGAAGAAUUGUUAUGCUUUCCUCAACUGGUCGAUUACUUCUUGAAAGACCAUGUGGCAGGCAUGCCUACUAUUUAUGCUAAAGUAAAGCGAAUGGGUAUCAUUGCAAGAAGCUGCAAUCUCGAUCAAGUUCGACUCAUGCGAAGCAUGGGAGCCAUAGGGCCGGUUGUAAAUCGCUGUAAACUUAUCACGAUGGAUGAUUUCAAGAGACUUUACGAAGAUUGUCUCUUGUUUAGAGGGCCUGGUCGUCGUAAACGUGUUUCCAGUGACGCAAGUAAUUGCUGCACACCAGUGAAGAUCAUCAUUAAACGUCCAUACCUCGAAGAAAAUGACGAUGCUGAAGGAUCCCUUGGUGUCGGAAGGAAACCUGAAGAAGAAAUGAUUGUGAACGUGUCUUCGCCAUUAGGAAACCAAGGCAGUUACUUUUCCAGCUCAAGUGAUUUUAAUAAAUCAAACGAUGGAAAUGUCAUGUCAUAUCGUCGCUCAAAUGGCUAUUCACCCACUGAAGACAAGCUUGGUUUUCCAUCUAUGAUCUACACAACAUUUCCUCAUCAAGCUCCUGGGGCAGUUACAUUGACACAGACCUUUGAUAAUAGACUUUCUACCACAACAUCACCUAAAACAACUUUGAUCCAACCAAUAAACGGGGAAAUGUCACCUACAGAAGGAACGUUUGAGAAUCAAGUAAAAUCGGACAACCAACCACUGAUGAACGAAAGCCCGAUUGAAGAAGACGCGUGUUUAAAUGAUCAAUCUUCAAGUAAUAACAGGCUUGAAAAUGGUAUUUCCUCUCAGGACUCUGUGCCCACGACUCCUAACAGCACAUCAUCUGUAAUAUCAACAGACCCGCCAAAGACAAGUCCAAGCAGUAUUGGUGUUGUUAAAGCUGCUGCCACCAACGUCAUAUUUACACAUGUUAAUGGGGGAAGUUCAAACUAUAGUCCCCGGUAUUCAAACAGAUGCAACUCUCAAAGUGGAAAUCUUCCUGUUAUAACUUCGAAUAAUAUGAGACAACGUGAAAGAAUGACGUCAUCAGAAACGUUGCUUGGAAACAUACAGGGAUUACUUAAAGUAACCAGUGACAAUGUGCGCAUGGUGGAACGACAGAUGCUGGUCGACAGAGACGAGUUUUCAAAAGAAUUCCAAAAGGAAUACGAAGGAAGAGUAAAAGCAACAAAGAUGAUCACAGAUUUGCAGAAAGAUAAAAGUAUCUUACAGAGAAAGAUACGCAGAUUGAAGAAAACAACUCGUAGACUAAACAACCAUUAUCAAGCUGCAGAACAACGAUGUUCGUCAUUAAACCGAGAAUUGCAAGAAUCUUCUUAUGCCUCAUUACGGGAACAAAAUGAAAUGUUACAAAAUGAGCUCGAAAAAGAAAGACUUGCCAGGAUUGAUGCAGAAAAGAAACUGGAAGAAGCGCGCGGUGGAAUACAGAAUUUUGUUCACAAUUUUUUCGAAAAUCCAGAGCAAAAUGGUGGAGUUAUGGUUCCCGUGUAAAAAGUUAAGACAUGAUAUAGAAAUAUAGUGCACCUUCGUUACAUAGUUGACACAAGAUAAUGCUGACUUGGCGGGCCUUUUGUCAUGUCAUAAUUGUACUUGCUUCAAGUAGAAGCACAUAUAAAGAAAAAAGUCGCGGUAUAUCUGCAAAAAUGCAAACGCGCGGUUGCAUAUUAUUGGCUAUAUUGUGGUAACAGAAAGAGUGCAAACUAUACUACAGGUUGUGUUAAAAAGCUGCCUCGCGUGUUAUUUACCUUUCAAGUAUAUACUUUAGUACACUGAGUUAUAUGCUUUUCGUGGAAAUGAUACUGCGUAUAUAUCAUGAUAAUUCAUGGGUAUAUCAUGAUAAUUCUAUGAUUGCAGUUGAAGGCAUUGGCGCCUGGAAGAAAUAUCCAGCGCAUUAAAAAUUUGAAAUAUCCAGGCUGGAGAAUUUUUUUGUGAUAGACUCGAAAUCAGAAUUUUUGUUUUCGGUGGUCAGGUCGUUUCCGCGUGUCUAUCAAUCUGGGUUUUUUCGCCUCCUUGCGACGUCCCUUGUUUGCAAGAUUAUGUUUUUACGGUUGCGACAAUACAAGCAGCUAAAACUGUCAAUAUUGUAUAUAUAUAGACUAACUAAAAACAGA